UGUGAUUUAGGUGAGUUUAAAGUAUUUAUUUGUAGAGAUCAAUAUGUAAACAUUAGCCAAGAUUGAUAAAUUCUUGUGUUUGUUUUGAAGUUCCCAGACAUCGUUGCAGAGGGCACAUGGAGGAGAUGCUCGACUGACAGAUCCUCUGAAUGCCCUCUUUGGGAUCACAGAGGCCACAAUUCUCCAAACGYUGGGUGAUCAAUCCUGCUCUUCUGGCUCACCUGGAUUGACCAGAUCUGUGGUCAGAGAUGUCRUGAGUCAGGUGAACUCUGACAUCUCACUGAUCAUCUCCUGUUCCAGCUCAGGUAAAUCAAGACCAGUGUUGUGUGACACUGGCAGGCGAUAUACCAUGCAGGCCAAGUUGUGCCAAGUURCGGARGUUUGGAGUCACUGGACAGGCUGCKCCUCAAGCCAAAACCAAUCCAUCUAAGGAGAAUGUGGACAUUGARGCUUCCCUUGCACCAUUGACAGRAGAGGUCAUGGCUGUUAUGGUCAACUCCAGAGAAUGCCAGGGAGGAGAGCAAGGAACAAUGGAUGUGCUUCGAGAAAUAACACACAAAGUAAAGUUUUGGCUUCAAGGGAUAGUGUUGGUGGUCUUCUGGAAGACUCCCUAGCAGAGAAAAAAUAUCUAAAAGAGACUGUAUCUUCUGGCAACAUGGUGAGUCCAAACAUCCUCAUACUUUCACCUUCUGAGAAAAAGCUUAGAUCUCCUGUAAUGUCAACCAUUGAGAMAUUCUCCAGUGGUGAAUUGAAGUCAGAAGCCACUAACGCUAUUAGCGAAGUGCUCAUUAGGUCUAGCAGAAGUCUAUCUGCACAAAYGUCUGCUUGCACACCUGAGCAUUCAAGUAAUCUGGCCAGUGAAAGGAAUCUGMCAGCUAUGCCAGAACUUUUAACAACUACAAUUAAUGUAGGUUCUGAAGCCUCUGAAAKKAUGGAUUCCUUUCUGAGCGAUAUGACAUGUAUCGCACAAUCAKAUUUCACAAAAAUGAAAGCUCUACCCGUGGCCCUUAACCUUUCUAAAAGGUUGCAGAAUACGCUGAGGGGAUUUUACUCUCGACUUUUGGCCCCUAACAGCUCAGAUCGAGACAAAGAGGAGAAUCUAGAGCAAGCUAAAAACAUUUCUGCUCCUACUUUUAUCCAAAAGUCAUUUGGCUCCAACAAGAGUGAGCGUAUGCUUCCAGGGGUCAUCUCACCAGGAGAAGUGACUCUUCAUAGACAUCAGAGCGAAAGCUCCAGACCUAUGAUGGCUUUUAKCCCUCAGAUCAUUCAGCUUCACCUCGACUCUACCACUAAGGAGGUUGUGAGCACAAUUGUGUCAUGUUACAAGCCAGAAGUUCCUGAGGAAGAAUUGACAUAUUCAGAUGAAAAGAUGUCAUCGGAUACGUCCCUUUUGGCUACUGAGUUUGUGGACCACGUYAUAGCUUGGUUAAAGGUCAUCUCUGCCGCAAGUUCUGCAACUUCUUCAUCAGAGAGUUUGUGCGUUUCUCCUAAUGCAUUAAUUUGCGAACUCUCCAGUGAAAYGUUUCAGACACAGGCUGUGAAACGAGUGAAACAAGUCCUAAUUAAAUCUGUCAGGUGCUUUUCCAACUCGGGAAUUUCCAGCAUAUCAGAGUCCCACACUAGUUGGGUCAGUCAAUCAGAUUUUGGCAUUCAACAGGAUUCCUCGUCAACUUCCUUUAUGAGCAUGGACUCAUCUGCUUUUGGUGUUGUUGCAGCCGUUGUGAAAGACAUGAAGAGCCUGUUGCAGACCACCGAAUCAACUSAUAGUCUACAGCCAACUGAUUCUGCCCUUCUACAUGGUACCACAAGUUAUUCUGAAACUUCAAGCAAGAGCUGGCAAAGUGGUGUUGCCAUUUCUGACUUUAAACUUUGGUCUACAGCACAGACUAUUUAUAGGCACCUGGGGAACAACCUGAGAGAGUUUUUCAUCCGGCAUCAUCAACCAGAUGUAAAAACCACGGAUGCUACUAUGACGCAAGCCAAGAAAAGCAGCAGUCAAAUCUUGCUUGCCAUCCAAGAGGACAUGACCAGAUCGGAGGAAUUGAUGACCUCACGGGAGCUGGUGCAACUCCAUGACAUUGUGGGAACGAUGCUGGAGGGUGUGGAGACAGUUUGCAGUGAGGAUGAUACAGAGCAGGAGUGGCAAGAGCUUCAAAGGCCUUCAACUUCUUUAUCUACUGCUUCAAAAGGCUCAAGGUCUCAGAGAUKGAACAAUACUCACACUCUCCCAGGAACUCCAAUGUCAACUGAGUUACUGGACAGUAGCUUCCAUGUCAUUAGAAGCACAUGUAUUGAUGCAAGAGACGAUAUUGCAUUCGGGGCCUCAUUGAGUCGCCUAGGAAAAACCCUGAAUGGUGUGGUGAGCUUUAUCWUUGAACAUCUUGAUCCUGAAGUGAUGCAGCAGAUCACUUCUCCAGACUCUGAUCUACAUCACUAGAAGAACUUAUCUCAAAGGAGAAGAUUCACUCAUUGUGCCAUGACCUUGCUGCUCAACUUGAGAGCCUCAUUCGGGUGCAGAACAGCAUCCCACUAAUCAAAUCGGGGGCAGUCGCUAAGUGUGUCUCUGACACAGUUUUGCUUAACCUUGCAAGGAGGGAAAACCAAGUGGGGAAACCCUUCUCCUCCAAACUCAUCUACAUGUUCGCUGAGGAAUUAGUGAAGCAAUUGCUGCUUCCUUUGAUCUUCCCUCCUUCAUUGUGGGGCUUGGAUCAGGAAGUCUCCCUUUACGAUGUUCCGUCGAGCACAUCUAGUCACCGCAGCUCAAGUUCCACUACUUCUCGAGUGACUGUACUUGAUGGUAGUAGCUCUCUGGUGUCUUCUAGUUCUUCGCAGAUUUACGAUGACACAGUGAAUCUGUUCACAAGCGCGAUCUGUCACCAAUUGAUGGACAACAUUUCUGGAGCCUCUAGUCACACAGUGGAGGACAACAUCCAUGACAGAGAGGCAUCCAUCAUUGCUACUGGGUCUGUGGAGCAGGCCCAGAGUGAUUCCAAUUCUCCUCAGGCUGUGAAACAAGGCAAAUGGAUGUUCAGAUUCCUCCUCCCAAAGAUCCUCCCAAAGAUUUCCAAGUUCAGACUCAACCUCAAGGUAAACCAGAAAUGGGUCUAAGUGAAAUGUUAUUAUUGAGUUUUGCUGUAAUUUUUUGGUGUUUAUUACUUGCUCUUUGGUAUCUUACUACACAAUAUGAAAACCUCUCAAUGGUAUUACUUUAUACUUGUUGCUGUUGAAUAAAGUAUGUCAUUUUAAGAAUUACAUUCAGUAAGACAUUUUAUUUUGAAACAAUAAGUGCUUCGUGCGGCGCAACAAAAAGGAGGUACAGCCCUCAAAGGAAUCCCAGGACCAGAUUAAGGUUCCCCGGGAAGAGGACCAUUGCAUACCACCCAACAUAGUGCCAAAGGCUGUCAUGUCAUGUCAUGUCACUUCAAGAGAGUUGUCUCUCCACUUCUCAACCCAAGGAGAAGAAACACAAACCCUCAAUCUUUGUCAGGAUGUUCUYGGCCAUCAACAAAGGCUUUUGGAGCACCUUAAAAUGUUAAUCUWACAAGUAACAAUUGUUAAAACAAGUAACAGCACUUAAUUAAGAAAAUAAAGAUUUACUGCAUUCAAGUAAUUUCCAUUGUAAUCUUUUCAUGUCGUUUUUCACAAAAAGACACUGUAAAAUGAAAUGUAAC